UUUACAUAGCUGUUAUAUCUGGUUAACAAGGCGGGAGACAACUUAUAUGUUAUGAAUGGCGUUGCUUGACGUAAACACCUAAAGGUCCAGCCAUGUCCAUGUCCUCCUGGUACACUAAAUUGAUCUCUCUCACUAAACAAUUGAGUUCAUACGCGAACCAAGGCAGCCAUGAACAAGCUCUCAAUCUCUUCCGCCAAAUGCACUCUUCUUUCGCCUUACCUCUUGACGCACACGUCUUCUCACUCGCCCUCAAAUCCUGCGCCGCAGCCUUCCAUCCUGUCCUCGGCGAAUCCAUCCAUGCCCACGCCGUCAAAUCGAACUUCCUCUCAAACCCAUAUGUGGGGUCCGCGCUACUCGAUGUUUAUGGUAAAUGCGUCUCUGUUUCUCACGCUCGCAAACUGUUCGACAAAAUUCCCCAGAGGAAUGCUGUUGUGUGGAACGCUAUGAUUUCACAUUAUACUCACUGUGGGAAGAUCAGGGAAGCGGUUGAGCUGUACGAGGCAAUGGAUGUUAUGCCAAAUGAGUCUUCUUUCAAUGCUAUCAUUAAGGGUUUGGUUGGUACAGAGGAUGGGUCUUAUAAGGCAAUUGGAUUCUAUAGGAAGAUGAUUGAGUUUAGAUUCAGGCCUACUUUGAUUACACUUCUUGCGCUAGUAUCAGCUUGUUCUGUUAUCGGGGCGCUUCGGUUGAUAAAAGAGAUUCAUUCUUAUGCUUUUAGGAAUAUGAUUGAGCCGCAUCCGCAGUUGAAAAGCGGGUUAGUAGAGGCGUAUGGGAGGUGCGGAAGCAUUGAUUAUGUCAAACUGGUGUUUGAGAGCAUGGUUCAGAGGGAUGUGGUUGCUUGGAGUAGCUUGGUGUCUGCUUAUGCGCUUCACGGUGACGCUGAAUCUGCUCUCAAAACAUUUCAAGAAAUGGAAUCCGCUAAUGUACGACCUGAUGACAUAGCGUUUUUGAACGUGCUAAAGGCUUGUAGUCACGCUGGGUUAGCUGAUGAGGCUCUUGGUUACUUUAAGAGGAUACAUGAGGGUUACGGUUUGCGUGCAAGCAAGGACCAUUACUCGUGUUUGGUGGAUGUCUUAAGCAGAGUAGGAAGGUUUGAAGAAGCUUACAAAGUGAUUCAAGCUAUGCCUGAGAAGCCAACGGCUAAGACAUGGGGCGCUCUUCUUGGAGCUUGUAGGAACUACGGGGAGGUUGAGCUAGCAGAGAUUGCUGCAAAGGAACUGUGGAAGAUAGAGCCGGAGAAUCCAGCGAAUUAUGUGUUGUUGGGGAAGAUAUAUAUGAGUGUUGGAAGACAAGAAGAGGCAGAGAGGCUUAGAAUGGAGAUGAGAGAUAGAGGAGUGAAGGUUUCACCUGGUAGUAGUUGGUGCUUGUUCAAGGAUUGACAUAUGAGCAUUGUUCAUGAAACUAUUGUAAUGUGUGAUGACAAACCUCAUCAUUAAAGAUUAUGUGAUGAGCUUUCCAUCUUGGACUAAGUGCUUUCACUAUUUAUUUUA